AUGAGCUCUCAUGUCCACAGAAGAAGGAACACCACCAGCCCUGAAGAAGCUCCUCAAGGCAUGGCUGACAGAUACACUGAAAUAGUCUAUGCUCUUGAGAAACUGGGAACAAAGUUAAAGUGGCCGCCAAAGAUGAGAUCCGAUCCGAACUCUAGAAAAUCCGACGCCCUCUGUGAGUUCCACCAGGAACGUGGGCAAAAAAUAGAAGAUUGCAUUGCCCUCAGACAAGGAGUCGUAAACAUGUUACGACAGGGGUACCUCAAAGAGGUAUUAAGUGACAAGGGGAAAAUCACCUUCGAUGAGUCAGAUGCCGACAUUUUGACUUUCCCUUAUAAUGAUGCCCUCACAAUUACUUUACGCAUUUUAGACACUGAUGUCAAACGUAUCAUGGUGGAUGAUGGAAGUGGAGCAUGCAUUAUCCAUCCCCGAGUCCUCACCCAAAUAAAACAUGUGGAUAAGUUAGUGUCGCGCUGUAUCACACUAACUGGUUUUAAUAAUGCAGUUGAGCGGAUGGCAGGGGAAGUUACACUCCCCAUCUUGGCCGGCGACAUGACUAUGGAGACGACAUUCUACAUCAUGGAUCAGGCCACCGCGUACAAUGCCAUAGUGGGACGACCAUGGAUACAUCCCAAAAGAGCCAUCCCCUCCAGCCUAUACCAUCUAAUUAAAUUCCCAACACCAUGGGGAAUAUUCAGCAUAAGCGGAGAACAACGCACGUCCAGGGAAUGUUAUUGCAUUUCCUUAGAGAGUACGACAACCCAACAGAAAAAAGAAGCAUAG